AUGUAUGCAGGAACAGCAAAGUUCCCUGUACGUAAGGGAAAAACCUAUCUUCUUCGUAUCGUCAAUGCUGCAGUCUAUAAUCACCUCUUUCUCAAGGUUGCAUCACACAAUCUGACAGUGGUAGCAAUGGAUGCCUCUUACACAAAACCAUACACAACGGACAUACUGAUGUUAACAUCUGGUCAGACUAUAGACGUUCUUCUCACGGCCAAUCAAGCCGAAGCCAAAUACUAUAUGGCCGCCAAAGUAUACACUAUUCAAUCUGAAGCAAAUAUUGAUAACACCACAACAACCGCCAUUCUAAGCUACGUUGGCUCUAAAUCAUCUACCACUCCAAUCCUUCCAGAAUACAACGACACUGCAACUGUGACAAACUUUAGAGAAGCAUCCGGUGGACGUUCCCCAAACCAUAGACGACAGUAG